AUGGAGAAAUUAACCACCAAAAAAGCACAGGCUUCCUUGGGCACCCUGGGAAUUCUCUGGGCAGCCCUCAGAACCAGUGCUAGAAAUGGGAAGCUUUUGGUCUCAAUCAUGGUCUAUGUUUCCAUUUCUUUCUCUGUAUUGGCAUUUUUUGGCCAUCUUGCAUUGACACCCAUAGUUACAGAUUUAUCUUCUAAGUUGGCAAUUCUGGAGACGAACCGUAGUAUCGAUGACGCUGAAAAAACCUUAAAAAGAGGAAUUAUUGAACAUGCCCACCUUUUCCUGUUGUUGGAAUCACUCAUAUUGGUCUUCUCUUGUACCAUUUUAGUGAUUUCCUCGGUUGCUACAAUUUCCUCAUCUUAUGAAGCCUACACUGCAAAAGUUCUAACACUUGAAGACAUGUUUCUAAAGAUUGGAAGAAGAUGGACAAGGCCAGUAAUCACUAGCUUUUACGCAACUUUAAUCAGGGCAGUUUGUGAUGUUUAUGUGGCUGCUGUUUUUUUAUUGAGUGUAGUGGUUUCGAUUGUGGAGAACGAUUCGGGUGGCCUAAAAGCCAUUGACAGAGCUACAGAGAUCAUGAAAGGGAAAAAGCUUCAGGGUUGUGUACUGAUGCUUCUUUUUGUUUUUGCUAGUGGCACAGUCUAUGUAAUUUCUUUGGUCCAGAUGGGAAAGAGAUAA